ACCGCCUAAUUCAGUACUAAAACCAGUGUGAGAAGCAGUGUGUGUGAGUGUGAGAGUGAGUGUGUGUGUGUGUGUGUCUGUGUGUGUGUGUAGUGUAAAAUGUGCUUUUCAAAGUGCUGAGAGUUUGAUAGGAAUGUUUGAUUAGCUCUUCUCAGAAGAGAAAAGGUGCUUGGACCUCUUCUUGUUUCUUCUUUAGAAUAAUUUGGAUGGGAUCUGUGAUGCAGAAAAGCUUAAGGAAAAAGGGAUAUCCGUUCUCUGUGGUGGAAAAGUUUUGAAAAAAAUUUGCUUUCUUCAAACAAGGGUGCCAUUUUGAUAUUUAUGGGGAUUGUUGUCCUCACUAUGAAGGCAUCUGUUAUUGAAAUGUUCCUUGUUUUGCUGGUGACCGGAAUACAAUCUAAUCAAGAAAUGAUGAAGAAAAUGAAAAGGCCCAAAUUCACUGUGCCUCAGAUCAGUUGUGAUGUGAGAGCUGGGAAGAUAACGAACGUCGAGUUCAUUGUGAAGUGUCCACCAGGAUGCCAAGACCCCAGGUACCACGUUUACGGCGUUAACGUCUACGCUUCCUAUUCCAGCGUGUGCGGCGCUGCAGUUCACAGUGGUGUGCUUGAUAAUUCAGGAGGGAAAAUACUUGUUCGGAAAGUGGCUGGACAGUCUGGCUAUAAAGGGAGUUACUCCAACGGUGUCCGGUCAUUAUCCCUUCCACGAUGGAGAGAAUCUUUUGUUGUCUCAGAAGGUAAACCCCAAAAGGGUGUAACCUACCCAUCGUCUCUUACAUAUUCAUCAUCUAAAAGCCCAGCUGCCAAAGCAGGUGAGACGGCAAGAGCAGAUCAGAGCCCACCAGUUCCAGGGACAGCAGCACAGCCAGUCACUGUGAUGCAGGUGCCGGGGACCGCUGCCAUCGAGGCCACCCACACCACCUUGCCAAAGCCCUCCCCAUCUGCAGGCUCUACCACCAGUGGCCUCCAACCACAGCCCGCGGGCCAGAGAAGCAAGGACCUGGGGGAACCUGCCUUGUGGAAACCUGAAUCAGUCCUUCUCGAUGCAGGAUUUGUUCCAAAAGAAGAAUUAAGCACACAGUCUUUGGAGCCAGCAUCCCAGGGAGAUCCAAGCUGCAAAGUUGACUUGUCGUUUUUAAUUGAUGGGAGCUCGAGCAUCGGCAAACGUCGAUUCCGAAUCCAGAAGCAGUUUCUGACCGACGUUGCCCAGACUCUUGACAUUGGCCCCGCUGGUCCACUAAUGGGUGUUGUUCAGUAUGGAGACAAUCCUGCUACCCAAUUUAAUCUCAAGACUCACAUGAAUUCCCAGGACGUGAAGGCAGCCAUAGAGAAGAUUUCUCAGAGAGGAGGGUUGUCUAAUGCAGGCCGGGCCAUCUCCUUUGUGACCAAGAACUUCUUUUCCAAAUUUAAUGGAAACAGAGGUGGUGCCCCUAACGUGGCCGUGGUGAUGGUGGAUGGCUGGCCCACAGACAAGGUGGAGGAGGCCUCAAGGUUUGCGAGAGAGUCAGGAGUCAACAUUUUCUUCAUCACCAUUGAAGGGGCCUCUGAAAAUGAGAAGCAGUACAUGCUGGAGCCCAACUUUGCAAACAAGGCUGUGUGCAGAACCAACGGCUUCUACUCGCUCACCGUGCAGAACUGGUUCAGCCUCCACAAGACCGUGCAGCCGCUGGUGAAGCGGGUCUGUGACACCGACCGACUGGCCUGCAGCAAGACCUGCUUAAACUCGGCCGACAUCGGCUUCGUCAUCGACGGCUCCAGCAGUGUGGGGACCAGCAACUUCCGCACUGUCCUCCAGUUUGUGGCCAACCUCAGCAGGGAGUUUGAGAUUUCAGACACGGACACACGGAUUGGGGCCAUGCAAUACACCUACGAGCAGCGGCUGGAGUUUGGGUUCGAUGAGCACAGCACCAAAUCUGAUGUCCUCAAUGCCAUCAAGAGGGUGGGCUACUGGAGUGGAGGGACCAGCACAGGAGCUGCCAUCCACUAUGCCCUGGAGCAGCUCUUCAAGAAGUCCAAGCCCAACAAGAGGAAGCUAAUGGUACUCAUUACCGACGGGAGGUCCUAUGACGACAUCCGGAUACCGGCCAUGCUUGCCCAUCACAAGGGCGUGAUCACCUAUGCCAUAGGUGUGGCGUGGGCUGCCCAGGACGAGCUGGACAUCAUCGCCACUCACCCUGCCAGGGACCACGCCUUCUUCGUGGACGAAUUUGACAACCUCUACAAAGUGGUCCCCAAGGUCAUUCAGAACAUCUGCACAGAGUUCAACUCACAGCCUCGGAACUGAGUUCAGAGCAGGCCGAGCACCAGCAAAAGCUGCUCUCCCGACUGGCUCUGGGAUGACCCCCAGCACUUUUCGGGGCACACGUGGGACAGCCAGGAAGGAAGGGCUUGCAAACCACGUCUUGUUAUUUUUCUUUGCCAGGGUGGUUUUUCAUACUUGGAGUUAGAAAGAUGAUCAUUAAUUUGUAGGAUGCGCCAAAAAGAUACCUUGCUUUGGGAAUGCUGGGCAUUUUACAUUUUGAGAAUUGUUUUUAAAAUAAAUAUUGAGACUAGAACAAAGCACUUACAGCAGGCUUACCUAGAGCUUUUGUGAGAUUUUUAACAUCUUUAUCUCCAGUCAGAAAUCUGUUAACUCUCCACAAGUUUCAUUUUCGUCACAACAAUAUAGGAGUUGGUUAAUUAAAUGUUUGAAAGGAUUUCAUGCAAUCACUCUGUGUUCUGGGGAGUGGUCACAGGGCUGUGGCAGGGCCACCCUCUAUUCAUGCCCCAGAGCACCUGCCCUGCGCCCUCUCCUGGCUCACGGUGACCGCGCACCCACAUGGGUGCAGGGACAAUGUGGCACAGCACGGCUGCCCCUGUUUCACCUUCGUCUUCUCAAUUAUGGGAAUCACUGUGUUCCUGCAGUAUACGGAGUAGUUGGGGGAAUGGCCCUGGAGGACCACAGUCACUUGGCUUCUUUUUUUUCCCCAUAUUCUUUUUUUUAUUGGCGUAUACUUGCUUUACAAUGCUGUGUUGGUUUCUGCUGUACAACGAAGUGAAUCUGCUAUAUGUAUACAUAAAUCCCCUCCAUCUUGAGCCUCUCACCCUUCUAGUGACCUGGCUUUGGAAGCAGUGCAUCAGGCUGGUACAGCCGCUCUCAGCCCAAGCUGCUUGUUAGAAUCGUUUUAGAGUAAAAUGCUCAUUCCCAGGUCCCAUCCCAAUCUAUGCAAGCUGAGUCUUUGGGACGAAAGCCGGAUCACUGGCAGGUCUGACGAGCUCUCUGAUGCUACUGAGGAUGUGCUGCCAGGAUGGAGAACUACGAGCUGCCUCGGAGGGUCAGUGUUGGAGCCGUUACCUGGGAGAGUCCCUGUUUAUAUGCCUGCUGUUCUGGGUCCCAUUUAGUUUAACAUUCAUCUUGGAUAUUUCAUAUGUUAACUAGAUACUACUAUUAAUAAUUCCAUUCAAAUAAGUUGGCCUGGGUUUGACUGAACCCCACUUUUUACUUCCAAGACUUAUCCAUUACGAUAUGAAAUUACAUAUGUGAUAGGGAGCAUUCAGAAGCAUUCUAAAUAGCUAUACCCUACUUGACAAGUUAUAUUCUGUAAAAAUGUAUUUUGGAGAAUGGUACUCUGAAUAUA